AUGAAUCGUAACCCCAGCAAAUUUUACCCCGUAAAGGAUUUUCUUACUGCCCAUUCUUAUUUGGUGCAAUUUCAGGAAAAAGAAGAGAGCGGAAAAAGUUUAACUAAGGCCGAGCAGGCUAAACAAGAACGCAUUUAUGAAUUGCGAGAUAAAGUCUUUGUUAACAUGCAAAAAGAAUUAGCUAAUUAUUAUGAAGCAGUGAUUAACGGCAAUUAUCUUUACGAUGAUUUAGCCGAAAACGGAGUCCACAACACUAGUGAAAUUAUGCGAUUAUGUGAACUAGGUGAAAUUUUAAUCAGAGAUUAUCGAGAGACAGACAAGAAAGAACUAGCCAUCGGAAAACAUUGGUUGAGUUUAACUCCGGAGCAACAGGAGAAGCUAAUUAGAUAUUGGAGUUACGAAAAGGCGAGAAUAGAAAACAAUUUCCUUACUACUACUGAACAAUUAGAAAAGCAAAGCCAAGAACACUUAAAAGAUAUUGAAUCAGCCAAAUUUCACGAAGAAAGAGUUGUUACAGUUGUUGUUGAUAUUAUUGUUUCACAUUUUCAUAAAAAUGAAAUAAAAGAGAAUACUGGAGAAGAGAUAAAGGGAAUAAUCCCGAAAUUAAUUGAAGAAGUAGAAAAGAGAGCAAAAGCCGAAAGCGAAAAAAAAGUGUUGGAUACUUUACAUGACGACUCAGAAAAAGGUUUAAAAAAUUGGAAAAAGAGAGUAGAGAAAUUUGAGAACGUGAAUAAAAAAUAUUACGAAUUACUUUUAAAAUCGGGGAUUAAAUUGGAAAAAAGCGACCAUGAUGACACGCCCUUUGAAGAAUGGAAAAGAGAAAGAAAGUUAAAGUAA